CUCAACACGACACAGCCUCAGCAAGACGUGUACAAAAACACAACAGUGCCCGAAGACCCGAUUUCCAAGAGCUAGACCGCCUGUUCAAGCACUACCAGCUCCAUCAUGGCCUCCAACACAAACCCCUGGCAGGACGAGUACACCUCGACGCGACAAGGCAGCGACGGCUACCAAAGCUCACCAUCUGCACAAGCCCAAGGCGUCACAAACCACAAUCCCUACUCUGCAUAUCAAGACCAAACUUUGCACAACCAGUACACGCCUCCAGACCAGCCACCAUCAGGCCACAACCUCGGACAAGACCGCUCCAACGACGCGGACCCAUGGGCGCAGUACCAAUCACCUGAUUUCAACCCGGACCCGCAACAACCUCCCUCCAACCCUUCCAACCCAUCUGGCCGCCAAUUUCGCGUCCCUCCGCACAAUUCGGAGACCCAGAACUUCCAGGGCUUAAACGACAACAACUACGAAGUGCCUCCCGGGCUGCCGCCGCGCCGGACCGGCACGGAUCUCGCGCUGCCACAGGGCCAGGACAGGAGUCACCAGAUUGAGGUUAUGCAGAGUUACGAGGCGCGAGGCAGGAAGGACGAGCAUGAUGAGAAUGUGGAGAUCUUGCAGCGCGAGUUUCCGAAGAUCGAUGGGAGCUUGAUUGCGGCGAUUUACGGGGAUAGUCAGAGUUUGAGUGCCACAAGAGAGAUGCUGGGCGAGUUGGACAGAGAUUGAAGAAGGAGGGAGUUGGUGAUUGAGUGGUGUUGGGCUGCUGAGGUUAUUGCACGAGAGGACAGCUUGGGCGCUGGACACGGGACAUUUACAAUAUCAAUGAGAAACGAUUCAUGAGCUGCAGCGCAUUUCCUCAGAUGUUUGGAGUGCGUCAGCUUGUCUAGACUGAAAUGGUAGCGUCUCUGGUCGUAUGAUAUUGACCCUGUGCCACGGGCUGGUGCAAAGGAAGGCAACCUCACCCGUCAUGGCAGCGCAUGGUACAGGGUGCGGAAAAUCUCUAGGGUCAUAUGAGACCUUGCAAAAGUGCAUUGAAGACAAGCUGCAAAAGCAGCAAGCAGUGAGCCAGUUGUAAUAGCAUCUCUCCGCAAGAAAUAGCCUGAUUAUUUGUG